CUUAGUGUUUAGAAACGAAGGGAGGGAAGGCGGAGGGAAGAGAGGCGGAUUCGCAGUGACGAGGGAAUGGGAAAUCCCCAAGUAUGAUUUCUUUGUUGGAGAAUGGUUUCUCUGCUAAUCUACACAAACCUUCAAAAGCUUCAAAGCUUCCAGUACCACUCCUUUUCAUAACUUUGCUUUUAUCAUUUAUUGUUAUCUUUCGGGGGCCCAAUUCGCUUCAUCACCAACAAUAUUGUUAUGGGUAUCCUCUGUUAUCGAUUGGUACGUGUUCUUGAUCCAAAAUAUGGCUUCCUCACGCUACAAUGGUGGAACAGCGUUUGUUUUUUCCUACCUAGAAGACUUGGGAUAAGGCAGUGUUUGUAUGAUGACUUUGGAAAGACCACCCCAAUUUUUUCUUUAUAGUUAUGUGCUCAAUUGCAAGAUUCUGCUUGGUGGAACCGGUUUUGUUGCAAAUUCGAGUUGUUUCCAAUCUAAAAUGUCUCUUUAGAGUGUACCGUACGGCUUCUUCGGCGUUGUUGUUGGAUGACGACCAUGUGUUUGAUACUAGUCCUGGUGUCCCAGUUGAUGAUCUUGUUGAAAUUAAUAUUCAGAAAUGUCAGCUGCGUGUUGGUAGAAAGCGCAAUGAAAUUAGGGUUAUGAAGCGUCGGUCUCGGAUCCAUAGAAAGCAUGUAUUAUCUCCUGUGGUAGUUAAAGUGUUUAAAUCUUUGAAUUGGGAAGUGGCCAGGCAUAUAAAGUUUUCAACAACAAUGAAGAAGUAUGGGUUUUCUCGUUCCAUUGAUGCAUUCAGGACAGUUGUUAAUGUGUUAGCUUUGGCGGGGAUGCACAUGGAGGUGUAUGCUUUGCUUCGAGAUAUUGUUUGCUAUUAUAACAAAGUUAAUUUGGAUGCUUUUGAGUUGUUCCCCAUUUUGUUGGAGUCGCCUAAAGAUGCAGCAAGAUCAGUUAUUGUAUUUGAUUUACUUAUUAAGGUUUUUGCAGCAAAUUCAAUGCUUGAAAAUGCUGUGGACGUAUUUUUGCAAGCUAAGAAAACUGGGCUGGAAUUGAGUACUCGCUCCUGCAAUUUCUUGCUCAAGUGUCUGGCUGAAGCAAAUAGAAGGGAAUUUCUCAGGAGUUUGUUUGAAGAAAUGAAGAGCACCGGGCCACCACCUAAUGUUUUCACUUACACCAUUAUGAUGAACUUUUACUGUAAAGGAAAUUUUGGGGAGGCAGACAUUGAUACUCGACAAGCAACUGAGAUUCUAGAGGAAAUGGAGAGAAAUGGGGAAAGCCCAACUGUUGUAACAUAUAGUACUUAUAUUUAUGGACUUUGUAGGGUUGGUUAUGUUGAGUCUGCAUUGGAUUUUGUUCGGAGCUUGAUAUCUGCAAAUGGGCUUGUCAAUGUUUAUUGUUAUAAUGCUAUUAUUCAUGGGCUUUGCAAAAAAGGUGAACUAGAUGAAGCUUUGAAGGUGUUGGAAGAAAUGAAGAGUUGUGGAAUAUCACCAGAUGUUUAUACUUACAGCAUCUUGAUUCAUGGAUUUUGCAAACAGGGAGAUGUUGAGAAAGGUCUUUAUUUAAUUGAGGAAAUGAAAUACAGUAACAUGGAACCUUCACUGGUUAGCUAUAGCUCACUCUUUCAUGGUCUCUGUAAGAAGAGGCUCUCGGAUAUUUCACUAGAUAUAUUCCGUGAUCUUGGGGCUGCUGGAUACAAGUAUGACCAAACUGCUUAUAGCAUCUUAAUCAAAGGAUUUUGUAUGCAGGGGGAUUUGGAUUCUGCCCACAAACUUAUGGAGGAGAUGGUCAGAAAUAAUUUGGCUCCUGAUCCUUCUAAUUUUGAGAGUCUGGUUCAUGGCUUUUGCAAGAUGGGGCUCUGGGUUAAUGCCUUGGAAUUUUUCAAUAUGAUGCUAGAAGGUGGAAUUCUGCCUAGUAUUGCAACUUGCAAUGUUAUUAUUGAUGCGCAUUGCAGGGAAGGCCGUGUGGAAGAAGCUUUGAACCUUAUGAAUGAAAUGCAAACACAAGGGAUUUUCCCCAACUUGUUUACUUAUAAUGCUGUCAUCAACAGGUUGUGCAAGGAAAGAAAGUCAGAAAGAGCAUUAGAACUUUUUCCUUUAAUGCUAAAGAGGAAUGUUCUUCCUAGCGUUGUUGUUUAUAGCACCCUUAUAGAUGGUUUUGCUAAACAGUCAAACUCACAGAAGGCCUUGAUGUUAUACGCAAGAAUGUUAAAGAUUGGAGUUACACCAGACAUGGUUGCCUAUACAAUUCUUAUCAACAUAUUAUGCCACAGGAGCAGAAUGUGUGAAGCAUAUAAUCUGUUUAAGAAAAUGACUGAAAACGGUAUGACUCCAGAUAAGAUUUCUUACACAUCAGUUAUAGCUGGGUUUUGUAGAAUCGGGGACAUGAGGAAGGCAUGGGCAUUGUUCAAUGAAAUGUUACAGAGAGGUCAUUUGCCUACUGUUGUUACUUAUACCUCUCUAGUUGAUGGAUAUUGCAAGAUGAAUCGCAUUGAUAUUGCUGAUAUGUUAAUCGAUGAAAUGAAAAGAAAGGGGAUCACUCCUGAUGUGGUGACUUAUAAUGUUCUCAUUGCAGCACACAGGAGACGUGGAAAUCUUGAUAAAGCACUUGAAAUGCUUAAUGAAAUGAAGGAGAAUGGUGUUCUCCCAGAUCAUAUGACCUACAUGAUGCUGGAGUGGCUACUGAAGGCUAAGAAGCUGAAAACAAGACGUAGCAAAGACUAGAUGUUUAUGCAGUUCAAAGGAUUCUCAUUUCAUGGGAUGAAGAUGAGCAUCUUUUUGGCCAGUAUGUGUGCCAGUUAUAGUCAGUCAACACAGCCUGAAUUGGGUAAAGCUCAUUACUGAUGGCUGUUUUGGCGAAAGAUUAUACUGCCAGCUAAUAUAAUGAGUGGAUUCGGAUGAAGUGAAAUAUGAUGGGUUGAGAGCAGAGCAAAUGACCUGGCAAAAACCACCUUCAACUUAAAGAAGACUGAAUUUAAGAGUCUUCUCUUAAUCUCCAGUCAAGGUGGCAUGGGAAUUUUAGGCCACUUCUCAAGUUAGCUUCUUUGCUCGGAAGGCCGGUGAGAGUAAGACACGACUGACCCGUUCAUGAGACAUGGGAAGAUUUUGUAAAUUGGUGCUGUUCAUGUAAGCAAGGGAAGGAACCAGCAAACAGUAUACUUCUACAUUUUCUUGGUGCUGAUGGGCGUUUUUAGAGUGCAUUUGGUCAAGGAAUGAUGGUGGAGGGCUAAAGGAAGUAGGCGAUCUUUUACACGAGGCAACUUUGGGCUAUUAUUAUGGAAAUUCAUACUGCCAACAUGAUCAAGGGUGCUCAGCAAUCAGGAGAUAGAUGCUGAUGUGUGAACCAAUGCCCAACAGUUCAUUAUUUUCCUCCAAUGGCCAAGUGCUGCAGAAAAUGCUCAGUGAGAGAGUUCAGAUUGGGCAAUUGGAUGGUGUUCAAAAAAGCUACUGUAUGUAGAGCAUGAUCAGCAUGUGGCAGCAGCUUGUUAUGAUCUGGUAUAAUGUGGCCCAUGAAGGUUUUGAUGGAAGAUCCUCUCUUGGCAUGUUUGGGCUUCAAGCUUCCCUACUGGGAUGGAAAGACUGGAUUCUUCUGAGCAACAUGAGAACUCUUGUAUACUAUGUACAUGCAGAAUUUGACUCAUUUACAGUCUAAACUAAGCCUUCUAGUAUGAUAUGAUUGAUUUGAGGAUGAUAUUUUAAUUUUCUCUUGCUUUUAAACAAUUCUAGCCAUGAGUUAAUAUGCAUAAAGAUUAGCAUGCAGGAGAUCAUUUUUAUCUGA